ACAAAUAAAUAUCCCGUAAAAAUGGACACGGACAAAAUGGAUAUCAAUCAGAAAAUUGCUGAAAUUAAGAAACGCAUUUUACUGGCAGAAGGCCAAAAGACCGCCAAUUUAGCUGAAUGGCAAAAACAAAAUCGCAUCAACUGCGAUACCAUUUCAACGUUGAAAAAGGAAAUCAAAGAAUUAAUUGUUAAGUGUGGGCGACUACGUAAUCCCUUGCAACGUUCGGUUAUUAUGAAAGAAACUCCAGCCGCAACAGCGGUUGUGGUGCCUGGCGAGAAAGUGCGAAAAACUAGUUCAGCUUUACCCACAAUUGUUGUGGGUAAGGUAAGCUAUCCAAUUGGGGCGAAAAAUGUUGACGAUGCCAUUUUCUUGACGGAUUUAAAAAUUACCGAAAAUCGUAAACAAUUGGAUUUGCUAAGGCAUCGUUUCAAGUGUCGCAAGCAACAUUUUGCCAAGCUGAUGGAGCAAUACCGGGAAUUGGUGGCGAACAAAGAGGCACAGGAACAAAAUUUGGGUGAAAAACCACCAGAGACAUUGGAGGAGGAUAAUAAUCGGAAGCUAGUCUGUCAACUGGAAAAUCAAAUUCAUCGUACCAAUGUCCAAUGGAUGGAGGCCGAACAUAUUCGCAAGAAGUAUCGAUCCAUUGAGGCUUCUCUUAUGAAUGAUGCCGAGCGUUUUGAAAAGAGCCUCAGAGAAUUGGAAGUGGCCCUGAGUGAACAGCAGCAGGAAAUCAGUCGACUACAGGAAAUUCAUAACGAAGCCAUUGAAAUGCGCGAUUCCGCCAAAAUCAUUCUUCAAAGGCAGGAACAUCAAGCGAAUAUCUCACAAAAGACCCGGGAAAGGCAAGCUAUGGAAUUUCGAAAACUGGUGGAACAACGUAAAAUGGAACUGGAACGUAUUGGACGUAAAUUGUUCUUUGAAGGUAAAACAAUACAUCAUCAGGAUAGCAUUGGUUCCAGUUCGGGUGAACAGCAAACUGGGAAAAAUGAAACAGAGGAGGAUGAAAAUUCUCAACUGAAAAAUGUCACCGGCAGUAUGGAAGAGUUGUUUAAAAACCUUAUGGAAGUAUCGGGCGCCACCUCACCUCAUGAGGUAUUUGAACGUUUCUCUUCACAGAAGGAAUCCGCAUUGCGUUUAAAUUACUUGAGAGCAGCUGCUGAGGCGGAAAAGAAUAGUUUGGAAGAGUUGAGGGAAAAUUUGACCAAGGAAUUGGAAUCUUCCAAAUUUUCCGAUGUUAAAGAAAAGGAAGUAAACCAAGAGGUCAUAGAAAACAUAAAAAGUCAAAUAGCCGACUUUGAAAUUGAGCGUGAAAAGAAUUUGGAAUCGGCCGAAAAGACAAUGGACGUUUUGAAAUUUAUCAAGGAUCGUUUGUGUGAAAUGAUUUACAAACUGCAGGAGGUAAAUGAAACCAAAGUGGAGCUAAAGGACAAAGAUGUCAGUAUUCAGGUGCAAGAGCUGCCAGAUUUUUUGGUACACAAGGCAGAGGAUAGGGAUUUGAUACAGAUUUUAAAAUUCAAACUAGAAAAAUGCCAAGAAUUGAACAAAAUCCCACAAGAAUUGUCUGCAGAUAAAUUAGAUUUGGAUAUCAGUGAGGAAGAAUUCAUGAUGGCCCUGCAACCACCCAAAAGUCCAUCGGUACAGGAAACAGAAAAACCAGCCGCCAUGCCCAUGUGUUAUUAUAAUUUAUUGGCUGGCCGAACUCAGAGAGCCACAGGAACAUUGUCAUCGUCUCCUGAACAGGCACCAGCUUCCGCUGCUGCUGGCAAUGAAGAAGAAAGUGAGGUCCCAUCCCGUAAUUUCCUCAAACGUCAAUCGGUAUUAAUUGUGGAUGCCAAGUCAAGGCGUAAACCAUUCAGAGCUGCACCAGCAGCCAGACGGAAGUAAACAGGGAU